AUGGCCGCCGAAAGAUCAAACGUUUCCAGCGACCUCAUCUGGCAGCUCACCCGCAACCAGAAUGCUUAUCUGGUCAAGCGCAACAGCGGCGGUGGUGUCCAGUUCUCGCGGGAUCCUCUCAACGUGCUGAACAAGCACUCCUUCAAGUACGCCGGUUACUCCAACACCAAGGCCGUCGGUGUGCAGGCCACUGAGAACGGUGGCAUUGUCGUCAUCACCAAGAAGCCCGGUACUGCCCAGAAGCCCGCUCAGAGCCUGGCCACCGUUACCUACGGCCCUAACGCCUCCAACCGCAAGGUCUACAAGGGUGUUGCCGACCGCACCGCUAAGAACAACUACCGUGCUGAUCUCCGUGAGGAGGCUGUCGCCCGUGUCAGCGCUCUCCGCCGCGCCCAGAAGCCCAAGAAGGAUACCCCUGCCCGCAAGCCUCGCGGUGCUCAGGCCAGGAAGGCCGCUGAGCAGGAGUCUGCUUAA